AGCAUCUCUCUAUCUGUGUGUGCAUUUGUAUGUCUCUUUCUCAAUCUUAACCCUUUGCCUCUUAAUCCCUCUCUUCCAUCCUUCUCCGCCGGCGCCUCCCUCUCCAUUAAAUUUUCCGCCUUCUCUUCCCCAAAUCGCCGCAUGAAUUUCGAUCCAACUCUCAGGUUGAUUGUUAACCAAUAUGCCUCUUUAGAAGUUUCAAGUUUCCUUGGAUUCAUCGAUAUUUGGUGCAACUGAUACGCUAAAGGUCUUGUUGAAUCCUAAAAGAUGGACCGGUGUGACACUUCUGGAUUUGUUAGUGGGGGUGGGGUCUUUUUCUGAAACUAUUAAUCCUAGUUCAUUAGCUUCUUCUUUUUUUCUUAACAUAAUAAAAAAUAAAAUAAAACUAGUUCCAUAGCUUUUCAUUUUUAAAUCCCGGAAGUCAGGCAGGCUGGUCUAUUUCGAUUAUAAUUUGGUCUUGGUAACAAUAUUUUAACUGUAAUUUAAUGGGCUCAAGCUUCCAGAACUUGAAUUUUGCUGCCAAUUAUUCGUUGAAUGUAUUAAAGAUUUUGGGAAAGUCUUACCAAGAUGGAAACGGUGGAGCUGAAGACAGUGCAGAUACCAUUCUUCGACUUGAUUCCACUGGAUCUUCAGUUCCCUGUGGGUCCAUAUUAAAGGGAAUAAAACGGAAGUGGAGUUUGGUUGAGAAAUCCAUGGGUGGUCAGUCAGUUGGGUCUUCAUUGUCUCUUGGGUUUGUUCAUUCCUCAAGUUCUUCUGACAGCAAGGGGAGUUCAGCAACUGCAUGCACCAGAGUGUCUUCUGCUAAAGAAACUGAUGAGGAAUCUUCAAUGGCACUUGAUCUGGAUUUUUCUCUCAAUCUUGGUAGUGAUAAGGCAGCUAGCCCUAAAGAACCUGCCAGUAAGUCACUUAAAGUACAGAAAGUUAAACCGAAGGUUGAUUUGGAGUUAAGUCUCUCAACUGGGCCAUCUGAAUCUGAUGUCACUUCAAUUUAUCAGGGUUUUCCCUCACUUCAGUUGUCAAUGGAGAAGCCAUUGGCAUUUGUUGAAACCUUGAACAUAGAUGAUGGAGAAACAUCUUGUUGUUGGAAGUCAGGAAUUGCCCAGCCAGUCAUGCCUACCUCUUUGAAUCCCCAGGCUGGCUACAUUUUCCCCCCAGUUACUGAGAUUGUGAUUCCACCUGCCAAUGUUCCAGACCUUUCCUCGAGCGUUUUAACCAUGCCAAAAAGCUCAGUCACCUGUACUUCCGGGAUAACACAACAGCAGCAAGCACGAUAUAAUCGUGGUAAUAAUUCCAAGGUAUGCCAAGUUGAGGGAUGUGGCAAGGGAGCCAGAGGUGCUUCUGGCCGUUGCAUAUCACAUGGUGGUGGUCGGAGGUGUCAAAAACCUGGAUGCCACAAAGGAGCUGAGGGUCGCACUGUAUACUGCAAGGCCCAUGGAGGUGGACGACGAUGUCAACACUUGGGUUGUACCAAGAGUGCAGAAGGACGCACAGACUAUUGUAUUGCCCAUGGUGGAGGUCGAAGAUGCAACCGUGAAGGAUGCACUCGAGCAGCAAGAGGGAAAUCAGGAUUAUGCAUUCGUCAUGGUGGUGGCAAGAGAUGUCAAAAGGAGAACUGCACCAAGAGUGCAGAAGGCCUCUCCGGUCUUUGCAUCUCUCAUGGUGGUGGUAGGCGAUGCCAAACACCUGGGUGCACUAAAGGGGCACAAGGGAGCACCAUGUACUGCAAGGCUCAUGGUGGGGGAAAAAGAUGUACGGCUCCUGGUUGUACCAAAGGUGCUGAAGGGAGCACCCCAUUUUGCAAGGGCCAUGGCGGUGGAAAAAGGUGCGGAUUCCAAGGAGGUGGUAUUUGUACAAAGAGUGUCCAUGGGGGUACCAACUUCUGUGUCGCACAUGGUGGGGGCAAGAGAUGUGCUGUUCCUGAGUGCACAAAAAGCGCUAGGGGAAGGACUGACUAUUGCGUGCGUCAUGGUGGGGGAAAGAGAUGCAAGUUUGAAGGGUGUGGCAAGAGUGCACAAGGAAGCACAGAUUUCUGCAAGGCACAUGGUGGAGGAAAGAGAUGUUCUUGGGGUCAUCCUGGGUCUGAGUAUGGCACUCAACCCUGUUGCCCAUGCAAUUCAUUCGCCAGAGGGAAGAUGGGUCUCUGUGCACUUCAUAGUGGCCUUGUGCAAGAUAAGAGGGUUCAUGGGGGUGUCUCACUUGGACCUAAUAUUCAGGACCCUAAUCUGAGCAAGACAGAGAAGAUGAAAGGAGUUGUCGGGGAAGAUUACAUGAAUGAAGAUCUUAUCAAGGUAGGAGGCAAAGCUGGUCCAAAUCUUGAGCACUUUGCAGGCAGUGAAGCAGAAAAAUCAGUGACAUCAGUUCUCAUUCCCGAAGGUAGAGUGCAUGGCGGAAGUUUGUUGGCAAUGCUUGCUUGCAGCUCAGGACUGGGCUCAAGCAGUAGAAAUGCAGUUUCUGGUCCUGAUCAGCCAAUGGAACCUCACAUCAUGCCUCGGAGUUGGGUGUGAAGCAAUCUCAGCCUUCUUUUUAUGGUCCAACCGGUGUCGGUCGGUAAUGUUGGUCUCUUUCUCUUUGUUUAGUAUCUAUCAAUUAUAAAGCUUGUUAUUUAUUGGUCCAAAUGGAAAGACUCCUUAAGAGUGCUCUAUAUUGAGGGGGCAAAUUCUAAGUAUUGGGUUGUUGGUUUGUUCUUUCUUUGUAUAUAUUCUUAGAUAAUGUAUGUUGAACAGGCUAUCAAUACAGGUCAACAACCUGUAGGUUUGUUAAUGUCGUCAUUCUGGUUAUGGAUAAAAGCCCUUUUUAUUCUGGUUA